UGGACAGUCUUCAAAGCGGAAAACGUUUCUCUUUGGCCCAAGCAACAUGGUUUCACCCUGUAGACAAACGUGAAUAUAAACAAGAGACUGACCUCUGAAACAACAAAGACUGUCACGCCAGCUGAAAUACAGCUGUAACAGUUAUCAAAGCCCGAUGGCUUUCAGAGCCUGUGCUUGGGUUUUCAGAGGCUCCGCCGUCCUCUCCAGUCGGGUCGUCGGGUCUGCUCGCCAGGAAAGUGCGUCAUGGCCUCUUACAGCAGGAAAAGACGCCUGCAGCCGAGGAGGGAGGAACGCGCUUGUCUUCACUCCUGCUUGUUUUAUUACAACAGAAACAUUUCUCAACAGACUGGCAAAAGGCAAAGCAGCAGAGGCAGAUGCCACCGUUGAUCGCCUUCCGGCCUCAGUUCCACCAGACAGUGCUGAACAAUUAUCUUUGUUAAUGAGACAUCCAGAUCAGCCUGCCAACUCAAAGGUUUUGAAAGUUGCCAUAAUAGGUGCUCCAAAUGCUGGGAAGUCCACAUUGUCCAAUCAGCUCCUCGGCAGAAAGGUGUUUGCUGUGUCCAAGAAAGUACACACUACACGAUGUCGUUCUUUGGGCGUCCUGACAGAGGAUGAUACACAGAUUAUUUUACUGGACACUCCUGGUCUCACCACUCUAUCAAAGGUCAAAAGACACCAGCUAGAGAAGUCUUUGCUUGUGGAUCCCUGGAACACAGUCAAAGAAGCUGAUCUAAUCGUCGUCAUGGUGGAUGUAGGAGACAAAUGGACGUGCCACAGGCUUGACUUCGAGGUGCUCAAAUGCCUGGCUCAGCACCCUGACAUCCCUGCAAUCCUGGUCCUCAACAAGGUAGACCAGGUUAAGGUUAAGGACAGGCUGCUGGAUAUCACAGCAGAGCUGACAUGCGGAGUGGUGAACGGACGAAAAUUGCGGGUCAGGCCGGUGAUCAAGCCUCCGUGGGCUGAAAAGAGGCCAGAGAGGCACUCGGAGUUAUCCGAUGAUGAGGACAUUGCAGGACCGGAGGGCAGUGCUGAGUCAAACUCCACUCUGAACAAAGAGCAGUUGAAGGAGCUGAGGAGCCAGCAGGGGUGGCCUCUCUUCAAGGAUGUCUUCAUGCUGUCCUCUGUGGACAAAGAAGAUGUGGACACGCUGAAGACCUACUUUAUGACUGCAGCAAAGCCAGGAUCGUGGCAGUACCACAGUGAGGUCCUGACUGACCAGAGUCCAGAGGAAGUCUGCACCAACAUCAUCAGAGAGAAGCUUCUGGAGUAUCUGCACCAAGAAGUGCCCUAUUCAAUGACACAGUCCGUUGAAUUCUGGCAGGAUGGAGAAAAUUGUGAGCUCAAUAUUUCUGUGAAACUUCAUGUGAGGAAAGACACUCACAUGAAGAUGGUGAUCGGCCCAGGCGGCCAGUUGAUAGCCCAGAUCGCCCGAGAGGCGAGUGAGGACCUGAGCCGGGUCUUCCUGAGGGAUGUAAAGCUGAAGCUCUCAGCCAAGCUGAAGCCAACAGUGAAAUCCUGAAGAGAAGAAGAGGUGGAAACAGACCCUGCUGGAUUUGACAUGACUCUUAUUGUAUUUUCUCUGCAAAUGACAGACCUGAAGAGUCCAAGACAAGACAAGAUCUUAUCAUGAGUCAGACACGGAGCUGCGUGGUAGCAUAGACCCAGUCCUGGAGCUCCCACUGACAUGGUAAAAAUCUGAAGUGACGAAACUGUACUCGGCAUUUUGACGUGUGCAUCCUUUGUCUUCAUGCAGUUUCAUUAGUCAUUAGUAAAGAUUUUUAUGUACAAAUGUUACUUAUAAGAUGCUGCUGUUGUAGUGAUGGAAAACUGAGCAGUGCUGAUGUAACUAAAACAGUGAACAGAGAAAAUAUGUCAAUUAAAAACAACUCACGCAAGCUGAA